AUGAAGGAUGCCCCGAAGACACAUGUCACCUACCAUCCCGCCUCUGACCAUGAGGUCGUGUUGAGGUGUUGGACCCUGGGCUUCUACCCUGUGGAGAUCACCCUGACCUGGCAGCGUGAUGAGGAGGACCUGAAGCAGGACACAGAGCUUGUGGAGACCAGGCCUGCAGGAGAUGGAAACUUUCAGAUUGUGGCUGUGGUGGAGCCUUCUGGACAGAAGCAGAGAUACACAUGCCAUGCGCAGCAUGAGGGGCUGCCAGAGCACAUUACCUUCAGAUGUGAGUCCCCUCCCCAGCCCCCCAUUCCCAUCAUGGGCUUUGUGGCUGGCCUGAUUCUUGUUGUGGUCCCUGGUACUGUGGUGGUUGGAGCUGUCAUGUGGAGGAAGGAGAGCUCAGGUGGAAAAGGAAGGAGUUACGCUCAGACUGAAUGUAAAUGUGGAACCCCAGCCUCUGCCGCGGGCACAGUGGUCACCACUAGCACUGCUGACUUGGUUGGGUCGGGACAUGGGCCACUGCAGCCGCUCGUGGGCCUGGGCGACACACUGCCACUCAUGCCCCUUGUCACAUGCAAUGUGCACAGUGGCAGCCUCUCUCUAUCCCCCCGUUUACCCCCCUCGGAGCACGUGGAUGCGUUCGCCAUUUCAGAAGCUCUGUGA